ACACCAAAGGUGAUCAAGCACGAAGUGUUAGUUGGACUGGCUCAGCAAGCUAUGAGGAAAGCGGCAUUUGAGGACUUUCCGAGUAUGCUUCAAUCGUGUCGCCAGAUAGACGGGGAUCGGACUGGCGAAAUUGACCGUGAAUUGUUGCGCCGAAUUUGUCUGUCAUACCACCUCCCGAUUCCUGAUGACAUGCUAAACGCUAUUAUGCAAUAUUCGGCAACGCAAAGUGGUACCAUUCGAUAUGAGCUGUUUAUAUCGCAACUGAAUUGGCGAUGUCAUUCGAUCGAAGCGACACCAACGGUCCCUUGCGAGUACACGGGUAACCUGAAAGUGGACUGGGAGUCCACAAGCAAAGGAGAUACCCCGGUAUCACUCGGACGCGAAUCGAAACCACAAGAGCAGCUGAUUCAGCGUGUUGUAUACCAGCCAUUAUUCGACGAUCUUUGUGGAACUGCCAGUGGCUGUCCUGGAUAG